UCAAACCAGUGCCAAACACGAUUGAGGAAGUGAGUGAAGGAGUAAACGAUUUGUAAUGUGUUUUGCGGUUUAUCUAGGGCCCCUUUGUAAAAGGGGCGCUAUAUAAUUUUUAUUGUUUAGUUUUAUUCAAGAUUUUUAAACUAACGACACAUGUACAUGUAAAAUGAGUUACCACACAUAUUAUUUCUUCUAAAUAUGUGAAACUAAAAAAUAACGAACUAAAAUGAAGUUCAAUAAAAAAAGCCUCGAAGUAUUUUUGAUAAUUAUUACAGCAUGUCUUUGCUAUGGUUUUACCUUACAAGGAAAUUUUGUUUUUGACGACUUUGAAGCUGUAGUAAACAAUGAUGAUGUUAAAUGGAAUGAUAGUAUUAUUAAUAUAUUCAAACAUGAUUUUUGGGGAGCCAAUAUAUCAAAUCCUUUAAGCCAUAAAUCAUAUAGACCUUUAACAGUUUUUACAUUCAGGUUGAAUAACUAUUUUAGCGGAAGUUUGAAUAGCACACAUAUGAAAAUAACAAACUUUAUCUUGUACCUUGUAGUAUGCCUUCUUGUUUACUAUGUAUAUAAACUUAUAGCUGAUGUUAACAGUAUUCCAUUUAUAAGUGCAAUUUUAUUUGCAUCUCAUCCAAUACAUACUGAGGCUGUGAGUAGCAUAGUAGGUCGUGCUGAAUUGCUUUCAUCAUUUUUUUGCUGCAUUGCUUUCAUUUUAUAUAAUAGAAGCAUAGAUGUCUGCAAAAUUGGUGACAUGCUUAUGUAUUGCAUACUGAGUACCUUUUUCGUGAUAUUAAGUUUGUUGAGCAAAGAAAAUGGUGUGAUGAUAAUAGUGGUUUGUUUGACUUAUGACAUACUAAACCAGUGGCAAUCAAAGCAAAAUUCUAAUAAAAAUGAUGAAUUUAGAAAAAUCCGAUUUGCAUUACUAACAUCAUCUAUGAUUUUACUUAUAUUUUGGAGAAUGCAUAUCAUAAAUUUUGAAACUCCUAUAUUUCAGAAAAUGGAUAAUCACAUUGCAUUUUGUAAUGACAAAAUCUCAAAAAUAUUAUCACAAUUAUAUUUAUAUUCUUUAAAUAUAUGGCUGCUGCUAUGUCCAAUUUGGUUGUGCUGUGAUUGGUCUUUUGAAUGUGUGCCUUUACUUACAAUAUGUGAUAUAAGAAUUAUUACCAUUCCCGCUCCUUGGAUAAUUAUUGGUCUUAUAAUUUAUUAUCAGAAAAGGUUUUUACUUAAUGGACUUAUAUUUAUGAUCAUUCCUUUCUUACCUGCAAGUGGUAUUAUUACUGUCGGUUUCGUUAUUGCUGAAAGAGUCUUAUUUAUUCCAUCAAUUGGGUUCUGUUUGAUGUUAGGAUUUAGUAUUCAGAAUAUUUCAAAGUAUUUUUUUAAGACUGCAAUCUUCUGCUAUGUGGCCUUAAUAUGUUUAUGGAUUGUGCGAACAAAUAUGAGAGCUGCAGAAUGGUCUAAUAGCACAGUAUUAUUUGACAGUGGAGCAAAAGUUUGCCCACAAAACGCCAAAAUACAUUACAAUAGAGCUUUGACCGCAUCUACGAAUAAUGAUAACCAUAAAGCAGAAUUACUAUAUUUGGAGGCAUUAAGGCAAUAUCCAGAGUAUGAGCAGGCUUUAAAUAAUUUAGCAAAUUUAUUGCGAGAUGCUAAACGAUUUGAAGAAGCAGAAUCAUAUCUACGAAAAGCAGUUCAUAUCAGGCCGUCAUUUGGUGCUGCGUGGAUGAAUCUCGGAAUAGUUUUGUCACAGUUAGGUGAAUUUUUAGAAGCAGAACAUUGUUACAAAAAAUCAUUGCAUUAUCGACCAAAACAUGUAGAUACCUUUUACAACCUUGGAAAUUUGUAUUUGAGCAAUAAGCAAUACAGAGAAGCAAAGAGUUCAUGGCUACAAGCAACGAGAAUAGAUUCUUCACAUGCAAAGUCGUGGAUAAAUUUAAUUACGCUUUUAGAUUCACAAGGAAAAAAUGAAGAAGUUAAAAAGUUGGCUUCUAGGGCAUUGAAUAAAUUACCAAAUGAGCCCGGUUUACAUUUCUUGUUAGCUAAUGCUUAUGGGAAGUCAAAUCAGUAUGAAAUGGCUGAAUCUCAUUUUAAAUCGGCAAUCAGUAUUAAACAUGAUGCAUUGUAUUUUGCAAAUUUAGGGGUUCUAUAUCAUAGGUGGAAUAAGACAAAUUUAGCUGAAACAAUGUAUAAAGAGGCAUUGAAGAUUAAUCCAACAUUAAAAAGUGCAAAUGACAAUUAUAACAAAUUAUUGCAUAUCAAAAGUAGAAGGCAACAUUAAAGUGUGUAAUCAGAUAAGACAGCUCUACCAGCCCUUGCUGUUCUACCAACUCUGUGUAUGUAAUCCUUACUGUGCGUAGGAAUGUCAAAAUUCAGCACCACAUCAACGUGGGGAAUAUCCAAACCUCUAAGGAAAAAUAAAAUUGGGAUUAAUGAUUA